AUGGCUAGUGGUAUAAAACGUAAAGCGCUAACGAUUUCGGACAAACUCAACAUUUUGAAAAAGUACGAUGAAGGAUUGGCUGAGAAAAAAAAACAAAAAGAUAUUGCUAAUGAACUGGGGAUACCUCCUUCCACUUUAAGAACUUUAUUGAAAAACAGACAUGAAAUAGAACAAAGCAGCUUGUUAGGUGGCAGCAAACGACAAAAAUUAAAACACGGGAAGUAUGAAGAGUUGGAAAAUAUUUUAUUGGAGUGGUUUCAACAAGCUCGUAGUUUAAAUUAUCCAAUAAAUGGAGGUAUAAUCACGGAAAAGGCGAUGGAGAUUGCCGCACGUCUCAACUUAACCGAAUUUAGUGGAUCGACUGGUUGGCUGGAUAGAUUUCGGAGUAGGCAUAGCAUUGUGUACCGGCAAAUAUCAGGUGAGGCUGAAUCUGUUAAUAAUGAUGAUAUAGCUUCAUGGAAAAAUAACGUGUUGCCUUCAUUACUGCGUGACUAUGCUCCUGACGAUGUAUACAACGCUGAUGAAUUCGGAUUGUUUUUUAAGCUUAUGCCAGAUAAGUCUUUUGUUUUUAAAAAUGAGACAUGCCAUGGUGGAAAGUUGAGCAAGGAACGUCUCACGGUUUUAGUAUGUACAAAUUCUACCGGAACCCAUAAAUUGAAGUUGGUCGUCAUUGGAAAAAGUAGGUCUCCUCGCUGUUUCAAAAAUGUUCGUACGUUUCCAUGUGAAUACCUUGCUCAAAGUCGUGCUUGGAUGACAGGAAUACUAUUCAUAAACUGGAUUCAACAGCUAGAUGCAUUUUUCGGUAAACAAAAGAGAAAAAUUAUUCUAUUCGUCGACAAUUGUCCGGCUCACCCUAAAGAUAUCCCUACUACCAAUAUAAAACUUGUUUUCUUUCCACCAAAUACUACAUCUAAGUUACAACCCCUAGAUCAGGGUAUCAUUAAAGUGAUAAAACAAAAGUACCGAAAAAAGUUAGUUCAGCGGUACUUGAGAGACAUGGAGAGUACCAACCAAAUUUCAACUAAAGUUAACGUUUUGGACUCCAUACAUUACGUUAGUGCCGCUUGGGAUGAAAUUAAACCAGAUGUAAUAAUAAACUGUUUUCGGAAAGCUGCAUUUGGUAUGUUGAACAACUCUGAACAGGCUGAUAGCUCACCUUUAAAAGAAGAGGACUUUCAGCUUCUGCAAAAUUUUGCUGAUUAUGCAACAGUAGAUGAUGAACUCGUAACCAGUAGCACUCGGACUUUAGAUGAAAUAAUCGCUGAUACGAACUUAGUGGACAAUGAGAAAGAAGACGACGAUCAAGAAGAAGAAGAUCAAGACUUUCCAGUAUCUACUCCUACAAUAACUACUGGUUUGCAACAUUUAUCGGAAAUUCGGAAAGUAUUAUUCUGUGUUGAAAAUUCCGAAGAAAUAGUGGAAAAAACUAUUGAGAACACAAUGUAUUUAAGGUGUACAGAACACCAUUGUAAAAGCCGAAUGAUAAUUAAAAGCGAAUCUAUUACUAAAGGGCCGUCAGAUCAUUCACACGUGGCUGAUGCAAGUAAACUUCAUGCAAGGAUUGUAGUGGCAAAUAUGAAAAACGAAGCUAUUCACACACAACAGUUACUACAACAAAUAAUAAGUGCUACACAAAUACCAGCUGGAGUGGUGGGAGCAAUGCCAUCACAUCACAUCAUCCAUCCAUCUGGAAAUUUAUUGAAUGCCUUCAAAGACAACAGAAUUUGGAGGAAAUUAAAUAUGAGUAGUAUCAAUCUGGAAUAA